ACACUGAUCUAUCACAAGUGAGCUGUCAAUUUUCAUUUAGAUAAAAGAUGAGCUUUAAUUAUAAUCCUCUACUGGAAUUAAACCGGAUAUUGCCCGAUACAAAAGUGAAGCACACUGUCAUAAUAAAGUGGAAUUGAAUUGAAAAAAAAUGUGUGGGUGUCAACAGCAAUGUAGCCAUUCCAUGUGACUUUUUGGAAACGGAAGCCCAAUUUGUACCAGAUUCAGAUAAAAUGGAUGAAGAUGAUGUUGCCAAUCAGAGCUAUGCUGCUCAACAUAUAAAUGAUCUUUUGCGAUGUCCAAUAUGCCUUGACAAAUACAGGACACCAAAGCUGUUGCCUUGCCAACAUACUUUCUGUCAGUCUCCAUGUCUGGAACAACUCAUAGAUAGAUUUCACCAUAUAAAAUGUCCCGAAUGUCGAGUAGAUCACAGGGUGCCAUAUGCUGGUGUAUCCGCCUUCCCGACCAACAGAACAUUACAAAACUUCCUAGACUUACCUGUUCAACGUGUGCCAGAGCUUCAGCAGGCAUCAAACCAAACACAAGCAUCGUCAAACUCUGGAGAAAGUCAAGCUGAAGAAAGAGGUCCCCCAGAUCAAAAUCAGCCGCAAAUAAGUGGGCGUCGAGCUUCAUCAAAUGCUCAAGCUUCUUCAUCUCCGCACAACGGUUGCUCGGAAUGUUCGAACCAGUUAACAUUGUCCCGUUGUGCUCACUGUAAUGCUGUUUUAUGUGAUAAUUGUAAAAGAUCUCACGUAGAACAAUUACGACUUGAUAUAAAUAGAUUAGUAAGUCAGUUACGUAGAGGUGUACCAAGAUUUUCGGAUGCUGUCAGUGUUAUAGAAAGUAAAUCAGAACAACUGCAUCAGAGGGCUGAAGCAGGAAAAGCUGAAAUAACAGAAACUAUAGAACGUUAUAUUUCAGAGUUAAGAAAUAGGCAAAGAUUGUUGCACAGUGAAGUACAAAUGUGGUUACUUGGUGAGAUACGUUCAUUGCGAAUGUUACAAGAAAACGUGGAAGUUGAAUUGGCGAGUACUGCAAGUUUUUGUGAUUCGACUGAGUCUGUUCUUUCACGCCCUAAUACAACAAUUCCUGAUGAAGAUUUGGUAGAUUUAAAACGUCAGUGUGUUGAGCAUAUGGAGAUUAUCAGAACUUAUGAAGAUGGAGGCGGAGUUAGAUUGCCGAGGGAAAGGAAGGUAGAGGUAACAUUUGAAGGUAACAGAUUCUCUCAAGCUAUAUCAAAUUUUGGUGAACUUUCAAUCAUUGAGCGAGAUGAAGCUGGUAGUAGCAGUAAUUCGAACAUUGCCUCGGAUCCUCCAUCUCUCACCUCCGUGUCAUCGUCCUCUAGGGAAUCUUCUCCAGCCGUUAAUGUUGGAAUAGGUAGAGGACGAGAAAAUUCGCCACGUGUGGUCACAAUGGGAGGUAUUACAACAAGGGACCUAUCACCAGCAGGUCCAGAUAGAGCCACUGCCGCAGGAAGAGGACAACCAUCACUUGAUUCUGCUCUUGUGGCAAUAGGGCGCAGCUCGAGGGUUGGUAGAAAUGAUGAAAGAUCUGCUGGCCUAAUGGGUGGAGGUGGCUCUUCUGAUGUCACAGAAAAUGUAGGUCAUACCACUAGACCAACUCAAAGAGAGCGUUUAGCUGGUUUAAUGGGUGGUGGUGGAGGUGGAAUUGAAGCUAGUCCUUCUCCACGUGCUCAAAGAAGAGACAGAACAGCUGGUCUAAUUGGAGGACAGGGAACCAGUAAUAACUCUGGGACUAACUUGACGGAAAAUGCAAGACGUCAAAUGCCACAGAAUCUAUCAUGGGAGCUACCAGUAAAUUUUGAAUAUCCUCCAAGAAGUAAUAUACGAGUUGGCAAUGGCAGCCAAAGUAACACAAACACAAGAAGAAGCUUGCAGGAAAGGCGAAGGCACAAUUUAUCGGAUUCGAGAUUGUUAAACAAUCUAGGAGCAGCUGCCAGGCAAGAAAAUGACAAUACUGCUCGGAGACGAAGAAACAGAAGUGGCGGCUCUUCCCAGAACACCAUGCAGCAAGAAACCGGAGCAAGUUCAAGUGGUGAUCGUCCUCCCCCGCCUACUAGAAGUCGUACAUUUACUCGAGAAGAGUUUAGGCAAAUAAGAGAAGAAGACACUGUGUCAAGGUCAAGCUCUGCAGAUUCUACAAAUAGAAAUAGAGAAUCAUCUUUAAAUAGUGAUCAAAAUGAUGAUACAGUUGAAAAUACAACAUUUCGACUUGCCACAGUUGAUGGUGGUGAAAGUGUGAGAGUGAAUGUUUCUCGGAAUAAUUAUCAAGACAAGGGCAGGUCAAUCAUUCGAUUUGGCUGUAGGGGAAGUAAUGAUAGUGAAUUUGUAUGGCCUAGAGGUGUUACAGUUUCCAGGUCAGAUCAUAUAUAUGUUGCUGACAGUAGUAAUCACAGAGUACAAGUGUUUGAUAAUAUUGGCACCUAUAUAAAAAGUUUUGGUUCAUAUGGACAAGGAGAAGGGGAAUUUGACUGCCUGGCAGGAAUUACAAUGAAUACAAUGGGUGAAUUUUUGAUAACAGAUCGAUAUAACCAUAGAAUUCAGGUCUUUGAUUCUAAUGGAAAUUUUAAAAUUGCGUUUGGUGAAGAAGGCAAUGGCGAUGGUCAGAUGAGCUAUCCAUGGGGCAUUGCUUGUGACAGUAUGGGAUUUAUUUAUAUAUGUGACAAAGAAAAUCAUAGAAUUCAAGUCUUCCAGUCAAAUGGGAUUUUUGCAAGGAAGUUUGGAAGGCUUGGAAGACAGAAUGGACAAUUUGAAAAUCCCCAUUACCUCGCUGUCAGUUUGGACAAUAAGAUUUAUGUAAGUGAUAGUAGUAACCAUAGAAUACAAGUGUUCAGUAUGUAUGGAGAUUAUAUCUUCCAAUUUGGCUCCAUUGGUACGAUGCAAGGGCAGAUGAAAUAUCCCAAGGGCAUUGCGAUUGAUGAACAAGGCUUUGUUGUUGUGGCUGAUAGUGGAAACAACCGUAUACAAGUAUUUCGGGGAGAUGGAAGAUUCUAUUGUAUGUUUGGAAGUUAUGGAAGUGAUAAUGGCCAGUUUAAGGGAUUGGAGGGUUUGGCUAUCCUUGGAAAUGGAAAUGUUGUAGUUAGUGACAGAGAAAACCACAGAAUUCAAAUAUUCUGAGUAUUAGUUUUAAGAAUUUUAAUAUGAAUUACAUAAAACUUGUAUAAUGACAUCUAUGUUUAUCGACAAGAAAGAGCAUCAUGUUUUAUUGAUCUUUUUCUUCAGAAAAGAUUUAUUUAUUCAAUGCCAAAACCCUGGUAGCUAAGCCAAUGAAAAAAGUAUUUUGAAAGUUUUUGCAGAUAUUUAAAUAAUACAGAAGUUGAUAUCACUGGUUCAUCUGGUACCUGUGUUUGCACAAGACAAAUACAAUUAGGCUCUUCCAGAUUUUGCUAUGCUUAAUGCUUUCCAUGUUUGACAUAUUCCAUGAUCUCCUAAAUGCAAAGAAAUCCAAUAUUUGUUUACAUUUCAUCAAAGUCAUAUCGCUUUUGUUAAUUUGUUAAGUGUUAUAUUUCAGAUAAACUACUGUGCCAAAUGUUGUCUUACUUCAUUCUUAUAUAAGUAAUUAUAUCUUAUUAUACUAUUGCUACAAA